CAGUGAAGUGCCUCACCCCCGUGCUGCUGCCAUCCCAGCCUUGUGCAUUUGCUGCCCCCCUGCCUGAUGGAGCCAGCGCUGGCAGAGGACCCUCCUCGAGGCGGCCAGCUCAGCCUGGUGCAGGAGUGCUAGUGGGACGUGGACAGUGGCAUGCGCCAGCCCAGGAGGGACAAUGGCUCAGGGGACCGGGAGCAUCAACAGUGACUACAAGGACUGGGAGUGGAGCGCUGAUGCUGGGGAACGGGCCAGGCUCCUGCAGAGCCCCAGUGUGGAGACGGUGCCGAAGAGCGGAGAGAGCCAGGGAAACAGUCUGGGGGCCACGUCGGCUUUGGGAGCCGUCUUCAUCGUGGUCAAUGCUGCCCUUGGGGCUGGGCUGCUCAAUUUCCCUGCCGCCUUCAACAUGGCUGGUGGCGUGGCUGCGGGCAUUGCGCUGCAAAUGUGCAUGUUGAUCUUCAUCAUCGGAGGCUUGGUCAUCCUGGCAUACUGCUCGCAGGCCAGCAACGAACGGACCUACCAGGAGGUUGUGUGGGCUGUCUGCGGGAAGGUGCCUGGUGUGCUGUGUGAGGUUGCCAUCGCCGUCUACACCUUUGGCACCUGCAUCGCUUUCCUCAUCAUCAUUGGAGACCAGGAGGACAAGAUCAUUGCUGCUCUGGUGACAGAGCCCGAGGAAGCUGGAAGCAGCCACUGGUACACAGACCGCAAGUUCACCAUCAGCAUCACCGCCUUCCUCCUUAUUCUGCCCCUCUCCAUCCCCAAGGAGAUCGGCUUCCAAAAAUAUGCCAGCUCCCUAAGUGUGAUCGGCACCUGGUAUGUCACAGCAGUCAUUAUCAUCAAGUACAUCUGGCCUGACAAGGAGUUGGUGCCUGUGGAGAUCCCCACCAGCCCCUCCACCUGGACAGCUGUCUUCAAUGCUGUGCCCACCAUCUGCUUUGGGUUCCAGUGCCAUGUGAGCAGCGUGCCCGUCUUUAACAGCAUGAAGCAGCCAGAGGUGAAGACCUGGGGAGCGGUGGUGACAGCGGCCAUGGUGAUAGCUCUUUUUGUCUACACGGGCACUGGUGUCUGUGGCUUCCUGACGUUUGGAGCCGGCGUGGAGCAGGAUGUCUUGCUGUCCUACCCCUCCAAUGACAUCCCUGUUGCCCUCGCCCGGGCCUUCAUCAUCCUCUGUGUGCUGACAUCCUACCCCAUCCUGCACUUCUGUGGCCGGGCUGUCUUGGAAGGUCUCUGGCUCCGCUACACUGGAGUGACGGUGGAGGAGGACGUGGUUCGGGAGAGGAGGAGGCGCCUGCUUCAGACCAUCAGCUGGUUCCUCUUGACCCUUCUCCUGGCUCUCUUCAUCCCUGACAUUGGCAAAGUCAUCUCUGUCAUUGGGGGCUUGGCCGCCUGCUUCAUCUUUGUCUUCCCAGGACUCUGCCUGAUUCAAGCCAAGCUCUCUGAGAUCCAAGAAACCAGGGCAAUCAGCUGGUGGGCCCAGGUCAGCUAUGGGGUGUUCAUGGUCACCCUUGGAGCCUUCAUCUUUGGACAGACCACUGCCAAUGCCAUCUUCGUGGAUCUCACAGCCUGACUCCUCCUCCAGGCUGGACCACACUGUUGCUGCCAAGGGUGUGCAGGUUUCCCCUAGGACCAAAGGGAAGCAGGGAGAAAACACAUUGGCAUGUUGGGAAGAUCCAAGAGGAGUGUUGUUAUCCGGGCCUUGGCUGAAAGAGCCCUGUGGUGGUUUGUAUCUCAUUGUCUUAACGCACCAGGCAGUCAGGCUUCUCCUCUCAGCCCUGACUCCCUGGUGAAGCCAGAGCAUCACUACAAGGGGACCUGUAGUCCAGGUCAAGCCCUUUCUGCCCCUCCGGGGCACACAUCGCUACCUUAGACAUCACUAAGGGGUCACGGUUGGGGUUUGUGAAGGCAUGCUGCUCAUCCACGUACCCCCGUGCUGAUGGAGCUCUUCUCCAUAGCUUAAACUCCUUCCUCUCCUAACAUUGCAGGGAGACAGUGCGUCUUGCAUAAAGGGAACCGGUAAUCAUGUUUAUUAGACAGGGUGACAUCCCCAUAGUCCUCUUCUGUGUCAGUGUUUGGUUUGGUUUGAACUCUGCUCUCCUGUGGCUUACAUUGCCUGUCUCCUGCCUUUACUCUUACAUCUCCCUCCGCCUGGGCUGCACUUUCUGUUACAAAGUGGGACCAUUGCCUUCAGCCUGUUUUUUGUUGUUUUUUUUUUAAAUUUAUUUCUGAGGAUCAGGGUGACCCCAGGGUAGGGAUGUGCCUAUGCAAUGUUUUCCUUGCCAGGAGUUGCUCACUCACUAGAGAAGUGCUGUGGCUACAGUGACCUCCUGGAGACACUAUGCUAAAGCACAGCUCUUCUACAAAUUUCAGAUCCUGUUCUUUCACGGAAUGGGACUGGGCCAGAUAGAGAUUUUAAGGGAUGCUUUGGGGAUAAAGCAGUCAGUAUUUAUCCGUUUUAUAUUGUUUCCUUGGUCGUUUACACUUUGUGGCUGGUGUUGCUCUGGGCUGUCCCUCCAUUGCCUGUCUGGGAGUUUCACUUCUGCUUUCAUUGGCUUGAGCAGUUCCCCCAGCCAAAUCUGCAGCUGGGGGAAGUUAAACCUCAGCAGCAAACUGCUCUUGUUCAGUCUUUGAGUUUCCUUGUUCCUCCUUUGGCUUCUAAAACCCCGGGGAGGGAGGAAUUCACGCAUAUCUAUUGCUGCAUCUGUGGAGAAGGUCCAGCCCAGCUUUGUGCAAAACCCAGCUUCGCUCCUCCUGCAUCUUCGGGCAGCAGCCCAGGCUGGCAUGGUGGGAAGGUGAAUCGUGGCAUGCUUCUGUACUUCUCACUGUGGCUUUCUCCCACUGCAGCCAAUGGCUGUGGGUGGGAGGACAGCACGUGGGCACUUCCCCAUGUGGAAACAUUUGGUCUCUCUCUACCCAUGCUUGCUGCAUGUAAAAGCAGCCCCCCUCGCUGCUCCAUGGGAUGAGAUGGGGAGACCCAAGUGGAGACGGAGGAAGAAAAGCCCCAAGUGUAGCAUGAAUGUUUGAGGGACCCUGUGAAGGACCUCCCUCAGGGUACCUCCAGCCUCCAUGCCCUCAACUUUUGACAAAAGCAGGCUCCAGCAAACUCCCCACUCGUAUGGCCCUGGCUGCCUCCUGAGCCCCUUCACCCCCCUCCUGCCUCAGAGCAGGCGCUGGGGCUUGGGGGACCCUUUGGCAUAAAGAAGAGGAUGCUCACCCCCUCACCCCCCCCGCCCCUGAAGACCACUCCUGGAUGCAGGGAGCACAGAGCCACCUCCCGUGGAGCUCAGCAGAGAUGCUGGAGGCUCAGCAGAUGCCAAUGCUGAGAUGCCUUUCAGUGCCUGCUCCCCAUCAAGAUGGGAGGGGUUUGGUACCUGGUGGGUUUUGUAGCUCUGGCUUUCCCAAGUGUGAUGGGCAUGAGGAGGUCCCACGGCUCAAUUGGAUGCAGACAGGGUGUCCCAUGUCUUUGGUUGUCACCUGGGGAGCCUUGGUCCCCCCGGGAGGGUCUGCAUGGCUGAGGGCAGGGUGGGUACAGAGGUGCUGUGGCCGUUUCUGUUUGCCUUACCACUCCCGACUGUUUACAAACACUGGCCUUUUUAAAUUUAUUUUAUACGUGCAGAAAGCGGAGGGACCUCGACUCAAUAAAAGUGACAUUGUGGUGCGUGUGCCAGGCA